AUGAACGCUGCCAUCGGCUCCGCGGUGCCCUCCGUGGCGCGACGAGCAAGCCCUGGUGCUGCCCGGGUCGCCACCGCACUGCCUCGAGCGGGCGACAGACCAGCUCCGCGUUCGAAAGUGCUCGCCGCGAACCCUGGUAUCGAGGUCCAGAGUGACGGGUCGGAUCCGGGUCUCACGGUCGGCUAUGCGGGCAACACGCAGGCGAAGGGCUUGUUCGCGCGAUGGGGUGCGAAGCAGGCCCAGAUGAAGGCUCGCGUCGCCCAGUAUGGUUCGGCGGCAGUUCUGGCCUACGGGCUGAUCGACGCCAUCACGUACACGUCGUUCUUCUGCUUCGCGCUCAUCACGUACCAGGCGAAGAUGGGCGCGCCGCCGCAGACGGUCAAGCAGGUGGCCGCGGUGGUGCUGGCCAUGUGGGCCGGCAACAACGUCACGCGACCGUUCCGCGUCGCCGGCGCCGCCAUCCUCGCGCCCGCCGUCUCCAGGCUCCUCAAGGCCAUCACGAAGCGGUUCAACCUGCCGAACACGGGCGUCGCCUUCGCCGGCGUCGUCGCCGCCACGGCCGCGACCAGCAUUGCCAUCGUCGCUGCACUCUGGCUCUCGCUGGUCGGCGCCUAG